UUUCCUCGCAUGGCGAGUUGUUGUCAUGUGAAAUAUUCAGUUCUUUUAAGCUCUCCAGAGUCCUUUUGCGACAUCAUUUGGGUUUUAUCAUCAAGGAAUAGGUGACAGAAUCAUUUUGUGUUGGAUCAGUGAAUACACAGCUAGGCCCUUGUAGUUUUGAGGAUGUGGGCAGGCGGACAUCAACAGGCAUCUGCAAAUGCCCAGCAAUGGUGGCAAAUGUCUUACAACUACCAGUAUCAAACUCAAUCUGCAGAUGCGAGCCAAGACUGGGCUGCUAAAGCAGCUUUAUGGGCUCAACAACGAAUGGCACAGGAACAGAUGGCACAGUACUACCAGCAGCAGCAGCCACCACCACAGGCAGGCCAUGCUCAGAUGCAUCAGCAGCCAGGGUAUGGUGGUUAUCAAGUUGGACAGCAGCAGCCACAAAUGUUGGUUGAGAAUCAUCAGUAUCACCAAGGGUCUGAUGCCCCACCCCUCCCUCCAGAGGAAGUCCCAGACCCACCACCACCAGGGUGGUCAGAUGCAGCCAAUGUUGAAAGCCAACCUGCUAUUGAUAACAUUGAAACAGUGGCCAUGGAUGAUGGGACUGUGGGAACCAGUGUUACCAAGUUUGAAGAAAACAGCAAGCCUCUUUUUGAUCAUAAAGAAGAGCGCAAGCCAGUCAUUACUCAAGAUUACAAUCACCAGCCUGUGGCGCCUGUGCUUCCUGGAAUGCAAACCUUUGAUCAUAACCAUGGGUUUGAUCGACCCCCUCCUCAGCAGUACAGCCAUGCAGCAGUCCAGCCCAUUGACUAUGGGCAUGGACAGAGUCUUGAUUAUGGCCAUCAAGCCCCGCUCCUCCCAGGGGCACAGGUUUAUGAUUACCAACCUCAAUUUGAUAGUCAUUAUUAUCAUCAGCAGUCUUUUGAAAUGGAACGACAUCAUCCCAGGUUUGCACAUGAACAUGCCAAACCUAAAAGCCAUCCUUCAGUUGAUUCUUUGCCUGAUAUAAGUGCUGGACUAUCUGAUGUGAAGAAAAAAGCUUUACCCUUGUGGAUAAGGGAAGGCCUUGAAAAGUUGGAAAGGAAAAAGCAGAAGCAGGAACAAGAGGAUGAUAAUGAACCAAAGAAGUCAACUGUGAAUUUGUCGGCAUCUGGGUCAUCCACCAUUGCUGGUUAUGAUCAUGGCAAAGUCCAUUCUCCCAUACGAUCUCCAAAGAGCAAUGAUUCUGAUGAGGAGAGUGACAAUGAAAAGGCCAGUCAGCAUUCAUCAGUGGAAGAAAGUGCUCCUGAUAGCCACAGUAAAGGCUCUGCUGUUAAAAGUCAGGAUUCCAAGCAAGGUCACUCAUUUCAUAAGAGGGCUCAGUCAUCAGACGAGGAAGAAGAGGAGGAGAAGACAGAAGAGGAGAAACAACAGGAACUGAUGGUGAACAUUCGUAAACUUCUAACGGAAGUCCUUUUAACGGUAACUAAUGAAGAGGUGAAAAAAAUUGCUCAGGAGACUUAUAAUGAGGCGCUUAGAGGUCCAGCUCGACAGCUGCAACACUCAGGAGGCUUGGAUGCUUUACGCGGAAAAGGAGGAUAUUUAGGACUUGGAGGUUACGGCUCAGAUAGUGAAAGUGCAUCCGAGGAAGAUUCGGGCAAAGAAAAGCUAUAUGCUGAUGACGACGAGAGAAAACACCACAUCGCUGACGCGGAAGAUGAUGGAAAAAUACGAAGAAGCCGAUCGCGAAGCCAUCCUAGCAGAGAAACACAUCACAGGCACGAGUCUGCUUCUGAAAGCGAAGGAGAGGAAACCAACAGGAAAGAAUACCGCGAUGAAAAGCGCAGUAAAAAGGGGAGACGACAUCGGACUCCUGUCAGCUCAAACAGCGAAAGCGAGAGCUCUCUCUCGGCUCACGAAAAGAGUCGUCGGAAAAAGCAUCGUCGGCGAGACAGGAGUGAUACUCCAUCUCCGAACCGUCAAAAAAGACAUCGUCGACGUCACGGAAAGAAAAGCCGCUCACGAAGCAGAUCGCCGAGGAAACAGAGCAGCAGUAAAAAGAAAAGGAAAAGUGAUAGUGACUCAGCCGAGAGCGAUACUGAUAGCAGACAUUCUAGUAUUAAACAUAAAUCAUCUAGACGUAGUAGGGAAUAUUCACAGAAGGACAAGAAACAUCGUCGUAAACGAAGAUCUUCCAGUUCGUCGCCACCGCGCAAUGAAAAGGACGGUAAGAAGGAGAGAAAACGGUGAUCGUGCAGUGGAUCAUUCAGGCAUAACACACAAAAUGAAGUAUUACCAGAGCAGAGAAUUUUAGUUGCACUUUAUUUUAUUGGGGAUAAGGGCUUGAUUCCUCCCCCUGGUGAGACUUAAAAACGUCAAAUCAAAAAGGAAAACUUCAAAAUCAGCUAUGUCGCUGAUGAAGACGGACUAUAGCGUACACUGUACCUUUUUGAAGAUCAAAUUAAAUUUUUAUGAACCUUGU